GAGCGGCGCGGGGAAGGCGGGCCCGGCCGUGCGGGCCCACCCGGCGCGGAGGGAGGCGUGCGAGGCCAGGCUGAGGAGGCGCGGGCUGGCUGCUCCGCUCUGCUCCCCUCUGCUCUCCCCUUCCGGCGUAGCUCGCCAGGCCGGGCCCCAUGGCGGGACACUGAGCCACCGAGCCCCGCGCCCUGAGCGCUGAGCUGAGGACGGCUGUCCUUGCUGCUCUUGGGUGUGAAUGGUGUAACACCAACCUUGUCAGGAGAAAUGAAGAGAAAUGGCUAGAAAGACUGAAGAAAGUGGAAGAACUCGCUGCUCACUAUGAAAGAAAUCCUCUUCCUGAAGUUUACAGACCAAGAUUGUCCAAACCCUCUAUGCCAUCCUCUGUUUGGAAAAUAUUUUCUCGACAGGCUGAAGCUUUUAACUAUGUAAAAACCUGCGAAGAGGAUGUUCAUGUGUUUGCUUUGGAAAAGAACACACAGAGUGGACAGAGGUUUUACCUUGUAACAACAUAUAAACAGCUUUGGUUUUAUUACACCAAAGAUUACAAAACAAGUCUUAUGCAUUGCUAUGAAGUAAUUCCUGAAAAAGAUGCUUGCAAACUUUAUUUUGAUUUGGAGUUUUACAAACCAGUGAAUCCUGAUGCAGAUGGCAAGAAUAUGGUCAUGAAGCUAAUUGAGCUUGUCAGCCAAAAAUUAAAAGAACUUUAUGAUGUAAAUUGUUCAUCAAAAGAUGUCUUGAACUUGGAUUCCAGUACUGAUGAAAAAUUUAGCCGGCACUUAAUAUUUCUACCCCAAAAGACUGUAUUUAAGGAUAACACUCAUAUUGGUAACUUUGUGAGAACCAUUUUGCAGCCUGCCAUAAGAUUAAUGGAGAGCAGGGCUGCUGUGAUUCCAGCCGAAGGAGCAGGGCAUGUUUUCCAGUGUUCUGCAGGAGCUGGAUUAGAUGAUUCUCUUACAAACCUCACAGCUGUUCAGGAUGAUUCUAAAGACUGGCCAGCCAUUGCUCAGGAAACAAACGAUAUGGAAAUGCCACACCAGGAAGAAAAUGGUGAUUUUUCCUUCCUAAUAGUAAAUGAUAAAGAAGGCAACAAGCAGCUUUUUGUGGAUCUAGGAGUUUAUACAAAGAAUAGAAAUUUCCGGAUGUAUAAGUCAUCAAAAGCAGGAAAAAAUGUGAUUCUGAAGAUAGCAGAGGAUAAUAAGUUUAUCCCCAACUGUGAAAAGGAUGUUUCCUUGGAAGAAGCAUAUUUUCUUUCCUCUUUAAUCUGCAACAUUGGAGCAAGUGAUGACAUAAAAUUUCUGUCAUCUGGCUUUUCAGAGGAGGAGAGAAAAAUGUCUGCUUUCUUAAACAGUAAAACUACCAGAAGCAGCAGAGAUCCCAUGGAAGGUUACCAGGGUUCACCAUAUCCAGAAAUCGAUAAUUUUGUUCGUUCUUUGGUUAAUAAAGAUGGGCUACAAGGAGGGAUACGACAAUGGAGUUACUUCUCUCUCAAAGAACUGCUUAUUUAUGAUAUUUCUGGUUACCGUUGGUGUGAAAAUAUUGGAAGACCUCACAAAAGUAACAAUAUAAUGAUUCUGGUAGAUCUAAAGAAUGAAGUCUGGUAUCAAAAGUGCCACGAUCCUGUCUGCAGAGAACAAAACUUCAAAUCACAAAGUCUUCCGUUACCGCCUGGGAUAUGCCUGCCCUCUCUUUUCAAAGAGGAAGAAGAGUCCUUGCUAAUGGAUGACAGGGGGCACACAGAAGGAGAAGUAAAUGCACAUUUGAACGUGGCAGGCUUGUCAAAAAGCUCAGUAUCUUCAGAGAACAGCUGGUCUCAAGACUUCCUGUUGUCAGACAGCGAGUGGGCAAACACAAGUAAUGAUGCCUGUUUCCUAGAAGCUGCUGAAGAUGUAGAACUAGCUGAAGCUGCAGAAGAUAGUCUGAAUUAUGCCAUGGAAGAAAUCCCAGAUGAAGUUCUUUUGGAAGCUUUAAAGAAGGAAGACCCCUGCACUAAGGAAGGCAGCUAAGCACAGGCCUGGCCAGCAGUGACUGACACUUGCGUGUCACAUGUGUGUGUGAAAGGUCCUGCGGGGUCAUUCACAAGCACCACUCCAGGGCUGUAAGACAAAGCACCUGGGUGAACUUCAGCAGGCAUGAGGAAUCAUGGAGGAUUGUGUGGGGGCUGAAGAGAACUGAACUAAAAACUCCUCAUGAAU